AUGGGACCUCAUUUCAAUCCUCGUAAGAAAAUGCAUGGUGGGCAACAAGAUAAAGAAAGGCACGUAGGAGAUCUAGGCAAUGUUGAAGCUAAUGAAGAAGGUGUUGCUGAUUUUCAAAUAGAAGAUCAACUUAUUAGUCUUUCAGGAACCGAGUCUGUUAUUGGUCGGGCUAUGGUGAUUCAGGCAGAGGAAGAUGAUCUGGGAAGGGGUGAAAAUGAAGAGAGCCUUAUUACAGGAAACGCUGCAACAGGUUUAGCUUGGGGAGUCAUUGGAAUAGCUGAGGUUAUUGCCUGUUAA